AUGUGGUAUUUAAACGUGUCUUUGACCAACAUCACUGCUGAGCAGCAGUAUCAGGGUCUGCUGGAGAGGCUGCUCUUCUCCAUCCUCACCACCGUACCAUGCUGUGUGUUUCUCUUCAUUAACUUCACCAUGUUAUUCAUCCUCAGGAGUAAAGAGAUGUUCUGUGAAACUGCCCGCUACGUUCUCCUCUAUAACCUCCUCUUUGCAGACACGGUUAUGCUCGCUCUGAGUCAGCUGAUGUACUUGAUCACUGCCAGUCGAUUGAGGCUGACAUAUCCUGUAUGUGGUGUUCUCAUCAUGCUGGCUGAUCUGACUAAAGAGAUCUCUCCUCUCACUCUGGUAGUGAUGUCUCUGGAGAGGUAUGUAGCUGUGUGCUACCCACUGAGGCACGCUACCAUCACCACCAUCAGAAACACAGGCAUGGUGAUCAUCAUGAUCUGGGUCUUCAGCUCUCUAAAUGUGCUCAUUAGAGUUAUUUUGAUCCUGCAGUUUCCCUUUGAAGACCUAGACAGCCUGCAGAUGGGGUACCUAUGCAGUGCUCGUGUAAUGUUGCUUGUCCCCAUGUCUGAUCAUUAUGACAAAGCCUACACUUGUGUUGUGUUUGUAUCAGCUGGUGUUGCAAUCACUUCCUCUUAUAUCGGUGUGAUGAUAGCAGCCAGGUCGGCCACCACGGACAAAGCUUCAGCUCAAAAGACUCGUACCACGCUGCUGCUGCAUUUCAUCCAGCUGAUCCUCAGUCUUUCCUCAACUGUACAAAAUCCCCUGCUCAUAGCAGUCUCAAGAGUUGUCACAAGGAUCGUCAUUGUUCGUAUUCAGAUUAUUUUUUAUGUGUGUGUUUUUAUUUUCCCCAGAUGUCUGAGCUCUCUGAUUUAUGGCAUCAGAGACCAGACCAUCAGACCCCUCCUCACGUACUAUCUCUGCUGUCGACUAAAAGCCAAUCACGUCAGCCAAGGCUGA